AAUGAUACGUGUCAGUAUCACUUUUCUGUCUGUGAGGAGGUGAUUCAGGAUGAGGUUCGUGUUGUUGAUAUCGUUGGCCAUUGGCCUUGUGUGUCACGUGAGUGCGGCUCGUAUUCCGCGUCGAGUUUUGUUGGCCCAAGAGCAGGAAGUGUUGCAGUACUUGGAGGAUAUUGAGCCAGAAAUUUUGGCCCGCCGUAAUGCUGCCAGUGAAGCGAACUGGGCGUACGAUUCCAACAUUACGGACGAUAAUCUGGAUGUGAAAAAUGAGGUUGCCACUGAGAAUGCUGCGUUCUUUAAGCAAAUUUCGGAAUAUCUCGCUCAGUUUGACUACGAGAGCUUUGAGGAUGAGGAUCUGAAGCGUCGGGUGAAGAAACUCGUCGGUUUGGGCUACUCGGCAUUGCCGGAGGAUAAGUUCAGCAAGAUGCUUGACGCCAUUAACAAUAUGAAGGAAAACUAUGCCAAAAUCAAGGUGUGUGACUAUCACGAUAGUAGCAAAUGCGAUUUGGCCUUGGAGCCCGAGCUGACCGAGAUCCUGGCCAACAGCCGUGACCCUGAGGAGCUGAAGUAUUACUGGGUGCAGUGGUACGAUGCUGCUGGUGCACCGACGCGAGAAGACUUCCAGACGUACGUCGAUCUGAACGGAGAAGCUGCCUUGUUGAACAAUUAUGAAUCUGGUGCCGAAUCGUGGCUGAGUGCCUACGAGGACGACACGUUCGAGCAACAGGUCGAUGCUGUCAUUGAAGAGCUGAGACCUUUCUACGAGCAGAUCCACGGAUUCGUUCGGUACAAGCUGCGCGAGUUCUAUGGUGAGGAUGUAGUUUCGGAGAAGGGACCGAUUCCGAUGCAUUUGCUCGGCAACAUGUGGGCUCAAGGAUGGGGAAAUAUUGCCGACAUUACUAGCCCAUUCGGUGACCGGCAGCUGCUAGACGUGACGGAGGAGAUGGUACGUCAAGGAUACAACCCGAUCCAGAUGUUCGAGAUGGGCGAUGAGUUCUUCCAGUCGUUGAACAUGACGAAAGUGCCUCAAACCUUCUGGGACAAAAGUAUCCUCGAGAAGCCGGAUGAUGGUCGGGAUCUUAUCUGCCAUGCCAGUGCCUGGGAUUUCUCGAAGCCCGAUGAUGUACGCAUCAAGCAGUGCACCCGCGUGACGAUGGAGCAGUUCUUCACGGUUCAUCACGAGCUGGGCCAUAUUCAGUACUAUUUGCAAUACCAGCAUCUGCCCAGUGUAUACCGCUCGGGAGCUAAUCCCGGCUUCCACGAGGCCGUCGGAGACGUCCUUUCGUUGUCCGUUUCCACUCCGAAACAUCUGGAGAAGAUUGGACUCCUGAAGGACUUUGUGCUCGAUGAGGAAUCGAAGUUGAAUCAAUUUUACCGCUCAGCUUUGACGAAAUUAGCAUUCUUACCGUUCGCUUACACCAUCGACAAAUACCGAUGGGGAAUCUUCCGGGGCGAUAUCAAGCCCGAGGAGUAUAACUGCAAGUUCUGGGAGAUGCGCUCGAAGUACUCGGGCGUUGAGCCACCAGUAGUCCGGACGGAAGCUGACUUCGACGCUCCUGCCAAGUACCAUGUUUCGGCCGAUGUUGAGUAUCUGCGAUACUUCGUAUCGUACAUUAUUCAGUUCCAGUUCCACCGUGCCGCCUGUGAGAAGGCCGGAGAGUACGUUAAGGGAGAUCCGGAGAAGACGUUGAACGAUUGUGAUAUCUACCAGAGCACUGAGGCAGGCAAUGCUAUCAAGGCGAUGUUGGAGCUGGGAUCGUCGAAGCCGUGGCCAGAUGCAAUGGAGGUGCUGACCGGAGUGAGGCGCAUGAGUGCCGAUGCUCUGAUUGAGUACUUCCAACCGUUGUACGAUUGGUUGGUGGUUGAAAAUGAGCGCCUUGGAGCUUAUGUUGGCUGGGAAGAAACGGACAAAUGUGUUUCUAAUUAAAUGGUGGAAUCAAAUGUAUGGCUAUAAAUAAAUGGAUUUUAAAUGUAAA